AUGGCUGCCGAUUCCGACAGCAACACUACUAACAGCGUGCUACGCCAUCUCGCCGAGACUGAGACGGUCGACUACCACGUGACUAUGCUGAAUGCUGUGAACAGGGAGCGCACAGCCUUUGGACUGCCAAAGCUUUGCUUGAACAACAAGCUGCGAAAUGCGGCUCUCCUACACUCUAGGGACAUGGCCAAGAGAAGUUUUAUGAGUCAUACAGGCUCGAAUGGUUCUACCAUGUCGAGCCGAGCUGCAACGCAGAGGUACCGCUGGACAUUUCUUGCGGAGAAUGUCGCCGCUGGUCAUGCAACGGUAGCCAGUGUAGUGGCAAGCUGGAUGAAGUCGAAGCCACAUAGAGCCAACAUCCUGAGCUCCAAGGUCAAGAUGUUUGAGUGCGGCUAUGCGUACAAUUUAAGCAGCAAGUAUAAGCAUUAUUGGACGCAAGAUUUUGCAUCGGGAAGUGGCGAAAGAUGCAAUUGA